CUCUUCGUACAGGAUUUCUGCAUGAGGCAAAGCCUGAAAUUGGUGAUGAACGCCUACAGAGGGCUACAAGGACAGAGCUGUGCCUGACCCCUGACUGGUACAGGUUCCAGUGCGGCGUUACAGGAUCAUCAGAGCAAGGAUUUUCCGGCAGAGAGGCGAGAAAAGUUGGGCAAAAUCCAAAGGAUGCUCGUCCUUCGCUGUGUGCGACCUGACAAGAUAAUGCCAACGAUGCAGAAAUUCAUCAUUCACCACCUGGGCUAUCAGUUUGUCGAGCCUCGGUAUUUAUUCUUUUCCCAGGAGCUGACCCUAUGGCAGCACUCUAAGUUUGCUGACGAUCAGGAGCUUAACCCAGAGGCAGCGCAUUGGGAUUUCAGAAUCUGGCUCACCAGCUACCCGUCUGCCAUGUUUCCGUUCUUCAGAACGGAGUGAAAAUGACAAACGAAGCGCCCAAGGGUUUACGAGCAAACAGACUUCGUUCAUAUCUGAUGGAUCACGUGCCUGACCCUAAUUUUUAAAACAGCUGCAAAAAACCGGUUAGUAAUGCGGCGGCGGCCUUACAUUGCGAAGGGGUUAAGGAAGACGGUGACCACCUAAGUUAGCUCUGGGGAAAAAAGGUUGCAAGUUAAAUAGUUGU